AAUAGAAAGGCAUGCACGACCUUCAAUGAGCGGCGCGUCCAAGAUUCGAACCUCCACAGUACGUGUUGCGAACUUGCGAGUAAAAAAAUAAAUCCACGAGAUCGGGAACAAUUUCCGCGUUAUUUCGGUCACCAAAAGUCAAUCAAUUACUGGAAGGUGCUCAAUUUGAACCGUUCCAGGCGUUUGGGCUGCUGAGGUAACAUCUUGCAAAAAAAUACAGGAAGUGUAGAUUCCGAAGACAAAGAUGGCGUCGACAGAGUAUAUGGAGAAGAUGCAGCAGCGCCAGAGUUAUCGCAAUCUGUGGCACACGGAUCUCACCAGUGCAAUCACCGCGGAUACUCCCUAUUGCUGCUUCGCACUAUUUUGUGCUCCUUGUGCCUCUUAUUUACUACGGAAGCGAGCGUUAUACAAUGACAUGUCAAGAUAUGUUUGCUGUGCUGGAUACAUGCCAUGUAGUGGAAGAUGUGGUGAAAGUCGGUGUCCCGAAUUUUGCCUUUGCACAGAGGUUUUCUUAUGCUUUGGAAACUCUGUUGCUUCUACACGCUUCCUCCUUCAAGAUGAGUUCAAUAUCCAAACAACAAAGUGUGACAAUUUUAUCAUUGGGUUCAUGUUGUGCCUCCAACAAUUGGCUUGUAUCUUCUCUAUCAUUGCAGCUAUUGUUGGCAGUGAUGAAAUCCAAGCUGCUUCACAAUUGUUGAACUGUUUGUCAGACGGUGUUUAUUGCACGGUUUGUGCAUGCAUGCAGACACAACACAAAGUCGAAAUGGACAAACGAGAUGGCAAGUUCGGACCAGUUGGAAUGCAAGCACCUCCCAUGCAACAGAUGUCUCGCAUUGAUCAGGCUAUACCACCUCCUGUUGGAUACGCUCCUACUUAUCCCGCUCAGCCUGCGUAUGGACAGCCUGCAUAUCCACAACCAUAUGGUUACCCAAAUCAGACCUAUCCUCCUCAAGGAUAUCCUCCAUCUGGAUACCCUCCCGCAGGAUAUCCUCCUAAGUAAUGUUUGGGGAGACCAUUUAUCUAUGUUCUGUCUUCUGGCAUGUGAACGAUCUGAUUCUUUGACUGAAUUGUACGUACUCUUAAACUACGGUGUCAUAUUACUGUUUUGUUAACAGUAUGAACAUAUUACAAACUGCUUUGUUGUAUUAGUUGUGUAGGGAAACUUUGCAUUUCUGUGGAGAUAAUAGUAAAAUGAUAAAGAGUUUCAUAAGGUAUUGCACAUCGAAUUAGCGCUAGUGGCAGGGAUCAGCUUCUGUGGGUUUGUAAUGUGGAUGUUUUUAAGGAUUAAAUAUUAUUAUGAGUGUGUAAAGUGGUUAUUUGGAAAUCCCUAUUAAUUAUUUAAAUUU